AUGGAUCCAGCAGCAUCUGCCACAAAGGCACCAGCCAAUGCUGUUCUUUGCGGCAAAGUCCCUCAUCAUGUCGAAUACAUGGUCAAGAACCUCAUGCCCAAGAUCGAAAUCGUCCAUGUUUGCAUGACUGCUGAUGCGGCGGUUUCGGAGAUUCCAACCCUUCUGCAGGGCAAUCCGAUCACGCCUUCGUCCGGGUACGGGACCAAUGCCGAUCACAACGCCAUCAAGACGGGCGUGAAGCUUAUCAUAGUGGGUGGAGGGUGGUCCCCGGAAGAACGUCAAACCAUCCUCAAGACAAUCGAAGAUAACAAACCUGUGCCGGUCUUUGUUGCCGAUACUAGCAAGACGCAACCUGGAGCUGGGCCGCCGUCAACAGAUGCCAUUAAGAAGAGAAUACUGGACAGCGUCGAGGCAGCGGAGAAAGGUGACGGAGAGUGGGUGCCGGGCGUAUAUACUUUCUGA